CUUUUGGCAUUCUUCACGGUUGACUAGACAUUAAAACGUAAACAUUUAAACGACGGUUUGGUCCUCUUUUCAGGUGUAAGAUGUGACAUUUACCGUGAAUUUAUAAGUGGAAGGGGGAGAAAAUAGCCACAGUUUUUAGUUUGACUCUUGAGAAGAGGUGACAGAUAUUAAGGGACAUUCUCGUGAUCUGAGUGUCUGUGACCAGAACAGCUGCUACUAUCCAACUGGAUCGUAUCACAUCUGUUAGGAAUCUUUAAAACAAUAGACAUGGAUACAAAAUCUAUGAAGAAGAAAGCCUGGUAUCUUGGAACAUGGCGUCAAAGUGUGUUAGCGGACAAUGUUAUAAAACAAAUACAACAAUUAGUGGCCCGAAAGAAAGGUAGUCCCGUGAAACUGUGUUUGGCAAAGGACGGGAUCCGUGUUUUCGUGUCGAACCUUCUCCAGGGUAAGGUGCUAAUCGAUCAUAUACCGUUCUCUGACUUGUACUUUAUGACUGUCAAUCAACACAACCCACAGUGUCUGUUGGUGAUUGCCAAGGACCCCAGACACAAGUACCGGAUCAUCGCGUACCGAUGCGAAAAUGCCCUGGACGCUGGAAUUUUCAUUCAGUAUUACAAGGACGUCCGGAAGUCGAUGACGUCAGUCGAAGGGUAUAACAUUGAACUGAAGAGGUCAAACGAAGGAAAUUGGACGCUGCGAUCGAAACAACAAGAGGAAGAUAAGCGGCAACUGAGGACGAUCGUGAACAUGCACGCAGACACACCGACAAUGAAACAGAAUGGGGUGGUUAAGACAGCUGAAACGAAAACGACAGUUGUUAACGGACACUCGAAAAUUGACGAAAACAGAAACACGAAAAUGGUGGUACAUGCCCGUGUGGAAAACUCGCCACCAUCGCCGCGAGAGAAAGUUACUUUGGAAAAGGUUUACCGAAAGGGUAAAACCCUGAACAAUAUCGGAAUCCAAGCCGCAGCACCGAGAUCUGAGCGGGUAUCUGACGAAGUAUCCGAAACGUCUACGACGGAAUCAAACCAGUCAUUUCAGCAUGAGUUGAACUAUUUAUCGAAUGAACUUCGAGAAAUAAAAUUUAUGUUAGAGAAAUCCACAGGAAUAAGCGCUGAAGUAUACCAUGACAAAAGCGGUAUCGAAUUUCAGACCGAAUCUCCUCCCACUGAGCAAGAAACAACAGAGGUACGGGUUAACAAGGCGUUAGAACCGAUCGACGCCAUUGUUAAAGACGAUGACGACGAUGAAGACAAACCAAGACAAAUCCACAGAGACGAAAACGGCGCCAAUGUUCGCGUGUCCGUUCCCGACUACCGUAGCCUUGGGGUACAGGCGUCGUCAAAAACGGUACCCACAGCAGCACCCGAAAAGCGUGCUGCAACACUGCCAGCUUACUUCAGACAGUCUGAGACUCAACCAGAUGGACCAGAAUUGCUCCGCGCUAGUACCUCGACGUACCAAUCUUGGAAAGAUGACGUAGUACUCCGCGGCGGAGUAGGUCGGUCCGGAAGACCAAGAACCGCUUUGUACAGCACCAGUAGCUAUGGAAGCACCAGUGGGAGUGUGCAGGGAAGUCUACGAGGAGUUCCGAAUGGGGUACAUGUUCAUUUCGACCCCGGCGUCCCGAAAGGAUCCGUAGUGUACAGGAAGAAAGGAAUCUCAACAAACGUUCAGAAGCCAAUCGAGAAGGUCUACCAGCGUCCACAUUCCGUUCAUGCUUCAGGUCGACCGUACGUCGUGCACCACCAUCACCACCACGGGGUACAGGCUCACCGGAAGACGGUACCAUCAACCCUUGACUUCAAUCAAACCAACGGGGCUGUCGUAGCAAAUGGCUAUUCCCCCAACUCGCCACGUUCCCCCACUGGUGCAGGGUUCUUUAUCCGAACAUGAGGAUAAGACCCUAACAAACAUUAAAAAGUGCUUGGACUGUGUAUAAUCUUUAUUAAAGCCCUGAAUUGGCGAUACUACAUGUGAUCAAUGCAUUUAGAAAUGUAAGGAUUGUGCAAGGCGCGUUCGCUUGAACUUGGUACAUGUAAUUUUUUUUCACAGAAGUAUUAUCUUUGUACAGGAACUGUUCACAUUGCGAACUGUGCUCUUCAGGACGUGGUAUAAAGUGCUCGAUUUGUGACCGCAAAAUACAGUUUGUGAGACAGUUUAAGCCAGUAGAUUGUUCAUUGUUUAUAGGUUAAUUUUUUUAAUGCGAAACGGGCAUUCAACUCCACUCGGGACGUUUUCAAGAUUCUUGAAAGCAAUUAUUGCAGGUGAUUGUCAAUCAGGCCAGAUCAUUGUCAUGUUUUAUUGCUAACAUUUGUAGAGGUUUUUUUUUUCUUCACAGGUUGCUUGUAGUCUUGGAUAUAAUAGGGGCUCAAUGCUUUUUGUGUUUCAACCAUGUCUAUGGAAAAAAUGUACCUGUAUAUAGAGAGAUCUUUUUUUUUAUAUUGAUUUCUUCCCUGGUAAACGACCAUUUACAAAGUCUAUAUGUAGGUCAAGAAUGUUUGGAUAAAAAAUAAUACGGGAGGAAAAUGUGUCUAACAUUACAUUAUUAAUCUGGCUUUAAAACGUUUCAUAUCGUGUAGAAUUCAUAAAUGUUAUGCUUUCACUUCACCAUUGCCACGAGCUUAUAAAAAAGGUUGUUAAUUAAUGCCGGGUAAAAACAACUGGGGCUGUCAUAUUUGUAUUCAAAUCCUUUACUAUAAGCCGAAAAGAGGGGAUAAGAGUCUUUGGCAGAAUUUAAAAUUCCGGCCACAGAACAAUUUGGUUUAUUCCUAAUUCAUUUUGGAUUUUAUUUCCUGAGACAUGCACUCCUCAAGGGGUGUGUUACGACGUCAUAAACGGAAUUUGGCACCCAUUACAUUGAUUCUUAUCCUUAGGGAAUUAUACGCCGAUAUUUACAUUUACUGAGUUAAUUUGUGUACAUGUAUACAUCUCGCAAAUACAUUUGUAUUGAUAGAUUAUGUAUACCAAUAAUUAAAAAAAAACCAAAUGCUUUGUAUAAUCAUGAUAUUACGUUAUAUGUAUUAAUCAAAUGUAUUGUUUUUUUUUCCACAUGUGCAAAAGAGUUACAUUAAAUUCCUAUAUGAAAAAGCUGAAAAA